UGUUGAUGACGGCAAACUUCAAGAGCGGUGUAACGGAGAACUUGAACGAACUCAAGAGGCUACAACCCGAUCGUCCACUGAUGGUCAUGGAGUUCUGGACAGGAUGGUUCGAUCAUUGGCUCCUGGACCUUCACGUUACCUGGGCGCCUGACAAAUUCGCGGUGGCACUGGAGUCGAUUCUACAACACAACGCCUCCGUCAAUAUGUAUAUGUUCAUCGGCGGCACCAGCUUCGGGUUCAUGGCUGGCUCUAACACCGUUGAUAUCUGGCCUCACUACACUCCCGAUGUCUCCUCCUACGAUUACGACGCAGUGCUGACAGAGGCUGGCGACUACACCGAGAAGUACACGCUGGCAAAACAGGUCCUGGCUAACUACAACCCGCUGGAGGGCAUAGUGGACCAUCCAGAUCGGCCACCACAACGUCCCAAAGUCGCUUACGAGGCCAACCCCGUGACUGAGUACAUAGACCUGACCUCACUUCUAAGCAAGAUCCCGAGUACUGAGAGUAACGAGGGACCAAUCAGUAUGGAGCUUCUCCCUAUUAACAAUCAGAGUGGUCAGGCUCAUGGCUAUGUUGCCUAUACCACACAUGUCUACCUUAGUUACAACAAUUCAACCAUUCAGAUACGAGGUCACGUCAGGGAUAUGGCCCAGGUGCUUGUGGAUGGUGUGGUCAUCACUCAACCCUAUCAUGAAAUAACAGAUAUCAGCAACUUCGGGUUCUGGAAUGCCUAUGACAAGGAAAUGCAGCUCACAGGCCACGACCGAGUGAGUGAGGUGACCAUCCUUGUAGAGAACUUAGGUCGAAUUAACUACGGUGAGCCGCAUAAAUACAACCAGCAGAAGGGCCUAUGGGAAGGACCUGUGCUCAUAGAUGGAGUGGAGAUUGAAGAUUGGCUCAUACAUCCCCUUGAGUUUAAACCUGAUUUUGUUACCAGCCUGACGGGAUGGACGCCCUUCACUGGCUCACCUCCAAGACCAGGCAUCUACCACUCCUCCUUGUACCUGGAGGAGGAGCCACAGGACACAUGGGUGGACAUGAGGGAGUGGAACAAAGGCGUCGUCUUUGUCAACGGCUUCAACCUGGGUCGUUACUGGCAUGUAGGACCUACCAAGACCCUGUACCUGCCGGCGCCACUCCUGCAGAAGGGACUUAACGCGGUGGUGGUGUUCGAGGCAGUACACAGCGCCAAGGAAGUUCGUUUCGCGACGUUCCAUACUGUCUUAAACCCCUGUCAAUCUCGUCUAUACGUCAACAUUGAACAAAUUCUUUAA